CACGGAUUUAGUAGUGCUUCGAACGUUAAGAACAUUCGAUGGUGCGACGGUUCUCGACAGAGGCUUGAUUCUCUGAUUCUCUCGCAUUGCCGUCAGCCUCGUUGCGUAAAAUCGACCAGCUCCGUGGAAGUGCCCACGCGCCGCCGCCGACUCCUACCUUCUGUAGAGGCCUUCCAGAUUUUUCCUCUGAUUUUCUUACCAAGGCUCCAAGUGGAAAUAUUGUGACAAGAAGAGAAAUUGGGAACACAUCAAUACUAGUAGCGUUGACAUCGUUCAUAACAUGAGCUAUUAAUCAUUAUUGCGUCGAUUGAAAGUGGAGAGAAAGUUGAUUCGAAAUUUUGAAUAUUUUCACGAAAAAAUGCCGGAGCCCACGGGCCCAAACCGGAUGGGCCUGGGGAAACGAACUCUACGAGCGACUCGACCCAGUCGGAAGUCACCGGUAACGACCUCUGUGCUAGUGAUAGUGUUAAGUGUGUUGCAGUUGCUCGAUCCUUCGGAAGCGGUGAUCUGCAAUCGAACGGCAUGUGAUUGCAAGGGGCUGCGAGGGGCGCCAGGACAAAUCGGACCGCAUGGCAUACCGGGACCAAGCGGUCUGCCGGGAGACGUUGGUUUUGAUGGUCCCCCCGGCUGGCCCGGUGAAGGAGGUGAUCGCGGUGAAUUCGGAUCAAUGGGCGACAAAGGUUACAGAGGUGAUACUGGCGAACGUGGUCCCGUUGGAUAUCCAGGAAUUCCGGGAAUGCCGGGCGAUGACGGACCACGUGGUCCACGAGGUAUCGACGGUUGCAACGGGACGGAUGGAGCCAUGGGUAUCCCCGGUAUGCCUGGCUAUCCUGGGGAUCGUGGUCAACCUGGUUUACAGGGUCCUCUCGGAUACCGGGGCGAUUCGGGCGAGGGUGGUAUUAAUUCAAAGGGAACAAAAGGGGCUUCGGGGGAGCCUGGUCGUCCGGGGAUGGUCGGACCCUUUGGCUUCAAAGGAAAUAGAGGUCUACCGGGAUUCGACGGUGUAAAUGGAAUAGACGGACUUUUGGGACCAAAAGGUGAAUUAGGCGACGAAGGAGAAGCAUCUGUUCCAUUCUGUCCAGGAGAACCAGGAGAACCCGGUGAGCCGUAUCACUACUUCUCGAGUAAGAAUUCCACGGUUAGCAAAGGCGUUAGUGGUGCCAAAGGUGACAGAGGAGAGGAUGGUACCCCAGGACUUCAUGGAAGAAAGGGAGAUUCUGGAUUUCCGGGUGAACGUGGUUUGAAGGGUUUCAAAGGCGAGGAAGGCAACGUUGGAGAUCGUGGAAAACAGGGAAAAGAUGGACCUCCUGGUCCACCUGGCGAUAAAGGAGAAAAAGGCGCACCUGGAUACGCUGGACGCGAUGGGGAUAUAGGAGACAAAGGUGAGUUGGGUGAUGAAGGUAUCCCCGGAGUACCAGGACCUCAAGGUGUUCGGGGAGCUCCUGGAAUAUAUGAUCCAACAUUGGCUCCUAUAAUUAUUGGACCCGUGGGGCCACAGGGUGAUGUUGGACCACCAGGCAAUCAAGGAUUAAGUGGGAUACCUGGAAACCCAGGACGAAGAGGUUUGAUGGGAUUACAAGGCCCUCCAGGUGAUUCAGGAACGGAUGGUCCAAGAGGAAAGAAGGGUUCCACUGUAGCUGGACAGCGCGGCAAUGAUGGAGAAAGUGGACCUCAAGGUCCAGUUGGUAUCAGGGGUAUUGAGGGCCCAGCUGGUAUGAAAGGUCAAAAAGGAUACCUUGGCAGAAAUAUUACAGGACUGAAGGGAGAGGCAGGAUUGCCAGGUUUGAAUGGCGAGUUUGGAGAAAAAGGUGAACAAGGAGAGGUUGGUGAGUCUGGAGACAAAGGUCUUCCAGGAAUCGGCUAUAAUAUUACUGGUCCAUUGGGUCCUGAUGGUAUUCCUGGCCUUCCGGGUCCAGUGGGUGACCCUGGAUGGAACGGGUAUGAUGGUCCUAAAGGUGACAAAGGUUUUCGAGGCGAUGAUUGUGGUAUAUGUCCCCCUGGACCACGAGGAAUUAAAGGUGAUGGCGGUGAUAUUGGACGACCGGGUUGGGAUGGAAUCGAUGGUAAUCGUGGUCUACCUGGUCCACGAGGUCUGAAAGGUACCCCUGGAAAACCUGGUAUGAAAGGUAUUCAGGGACUCAAAGGUAUUCCUGGAGGAAACGGCGAACCUGGACGUUCUGGAGAAAAAGGCCAGAAAGGAUUCGUCAUUCGUCGUGGUAGUUUGGUCUCCUUCCCUGGAGAUAAAGGUGAUGUGGGCUAUCGUGGACUGCAAGGCGAACAGGGUGAUGAAGGUUUCGUUGGAAUUGCUGGAGAUCCGGGUAUUCUAGGGGAACAGGGUGACAUAGGAGACGACGGAAAUCCUGGUCUCCGAGGUAGAGACGGAGAACCUGGCAUUCCUGGUCGAGAUGGUUCCCAUGGCAGAGACGCGGUUCAUAAUUCUUAUACAAUGUGGUCGCUCAGAGGUACCCCUGGCCCACUUGGUGAUAUAGGAGUAAAGGGUGAACGAGGCGACCAAGGAGAUCGUGGCGAACCAGGAGCUAUUGCCGAAAUGGAUUACAAAAUCAUCGGUGAUAAAGGAGAACGAGGACCAUUCGGCGAUGAAGGACUACAAGGUGAAAAAGGCUAUCGCGGAGAAAUUGGAGAUGAAGGAUUCAGAGGGCCUGAUGGUGCGGCAGGGCUUGCUGGAGAAAGCAUACAGGGACCGAUGGGCUACAAAGGGUAUUUUGGUAUGAUUGGAGAUCAUGGCUUGCAAGGCGAAGAUGGCUUUCCGGGUACGCCAGGUCUCGAUGGUCCUCCUGGCUUACUUGGUCUCAAGGGACAACGAGGUGACCCUGGCCGUGCUGUGCUGUUUGGUGAAAUGGGUGAAGAGGGUGAGGCAGGUUAUUUCGGCGAAUACGGCGAUAAAGGCUUCAAAGGUCCAGACGGUUACAGAGGACCACCGGGUAUUGUUGGUAUAAAAGGAGAAGCUGGAGAUUAUGGCGUUCAAGGUCGUAUAGGUCUACCUGGUAACAAGGGCAUGGUAGGGGACCUUGUUUAUGGGGAUCGAGGUGCUCCGGGAGCUCCUGGAACAUCUGGUCAAACCGCACCAUAUGGCGAUAAAGGAGAACGAGGAGAACCAGGCAUUGAAGGGCCACAAGGUCCAAAAGGGGAAGUCGGCAAUACUGGACGUGAUGGUCUGCCGGGAUUACCAGGAGACGAUGGAGAAUUCGGUGACUCUGGACCUCGCGGCAUAAAUGGUUACAUGGGUGAAGAAGGAUACCAAGGCGAGCGUGGUGAAUCAGGAGAUCAAGGAAACAUAGGGCUCACUGGUCGCCGAGGUUUCGUUGGAUUGAGAGGAGAAAAAGGUGAAUUGGGAGAUAUUGGCAAUAUUGGCUUCCCGGGAAGAGUUGGACGGAAUGGAACCAAAGGAUAUAUAGGCGAUGUUGGCUUCCAAGGAAUUAAGGGAAGUAAAGGGUCAGCUUCUUUCAGCGGACAUAAGGGUGAAGCCGGUACAUACGGUUUACGAGGGCCUCCUGGUCUUGAUGGUGCAGUAGGACUAUCUGGCUUAAAAGGUGAAGAGGGUGACGCAGGAAGGGUUAUUGACGGACACCCUGGUCUUAAGGGACCCAAAGGGGCUCCUGGAUACAAUGGAAUUCCAGGACGUCCCGGAUUUAAAGGUGAACGAGGAGAUGAAGGAAUUCUUGGACAGAAGGGAAUUCAAGGUGACAAAGGUAAAGAUGGAUACCCAGGAAUUCCUGGUCGUCGAGGAAAGGAUGGACCACGUGGCCUCAUAGGACUCAGAGGCACUCCAGGAAGCAACGGUGAACAAGGCGAACAAGGUGAACAAGGAUUCAUUGGAUUCGUUGGCGAAAAAGGUGAACGUGGAGAUGUUGGGCGUAUUGGCCUUAUGGGUCUGCAAGGUCUUCAAGGUGAACAAGGAUUCCCUGGAAUACCAGGUGAGCUUAUAAUGAUAGCUCCCCAGAAGGGCGAUCAAGGUGCGCCAGGUUAUCCUGGGCUAGAAGGAAUGCCAGGAUUACAAGGCUUUUCAGGUCGCCAAGGUUAUCCUGGAGAAAAGGGAGAUCCGGGGCUACGUGGUGAAUCCGGUUUUGCUGGAAGAAGUGGUUUAGAUGGAGUAAAGGGUGAACAGGGCAAUCCAGGAUUCCAAGGACCACGAGGAACACUCUUAACUCGCCCGGAACAAGGAGAUGAAGGAGAGGCAGGGUACGAUGGAUUCCCAGGUCGUACUGGUAUUCAAGGAAGUAAGGGAGCCCCAGGUGAUUAUGGUGACGACGGACAAUCUGGUCCACGCGGUAUCAUGGGAUUAGUUAGCGGCGCUCUCAAAGGUACCAAAGGUGAAAUCGGUUUUGAGGGUGCUCCGGGUUUGGAUGGUCUACCAGGUUUACCAGGUCCGAUGGGUGCUAGGGGUUCCCCUGGCGAAAAGGGAUUUUCGGGAAGUAUCGGAUUAUCCAUUAAGGGAAUCAAGGGAGCGAUCGGCGAUGAUGGUCUACCAGGAUUGGAUGGAAUGCCUGGUCCUCAGGGAUUCACUGGUGAAAUUGGUCCUGUUGGUCGUCCUGGUUUACGUGGACUUAUUGGAGCCAAGGGAGAAAUUGGUGAAACUGGCGAGGAAGGAUUCUUUGGGCGAAUAGGUUUGAAAGGUGUCAAAGGAGAACGAGGAGAUCCCAUUCCUUUGGAUAACUGGAGACCAAAUCAACCGGGCGAUCGCGGUGUUCCCGGUAACAAGGGUACACCAGGAGAUGAAGGUGAAAUGGGUCCUUCAGGUUUUCCAGGGCUCGUCGGUUUGAAAGGCGAAAAGGGUCAGCAAGGCCUAGCUGGACAGGAAGGUGAAAUGGGCUUCAAAGGAGAAAAGGGUUUCCAAGGAGCACCUGGACGGGAUGGCCUCGAUGGCUACCCUGGAUUACGAGGAGAAGUUGGUGAUCCUGCUCCUCCACCACCAGCAGCAAAGAGCCGUGGUUUCAUUUUUACAAAACACUCACAAACCGUGCAUAUUCCCGAGUGUCCGUUGAACACCAUCAAACUAUGGGAUGGCUACUCUCUAGUGAGUGUUAUUGGAAGCAGUAGAACGGUUGGACAAGAUCUAGGAAGUGCAGGAUCAUGCCUAAGGAAGUUCAGCACAAUGCCAUAUCUGUUCUGUGAUAUCAAUAACGUGUGCAACUACGCCUCGAACAACGAUGAUACUGUCUGGCUGGCCUCUCCAGAACCAAUGUCGAUGUCUAUGGCACCAAUGAAAUCACGUGAAAUCGAAAAAUAUAUCUCAAGAUGUUCUGUUUGCGAGACAACAACCCGAGUCAUCUCAAUUCAUAGCCAAACUAUGGCCAUACCGGAUUGUCCGGGUGGAUGGGAAGAAUUGUGGAUUGGAUACAGUUAUGUGAUGCAUACAACUGACAACAGCGGAGGAUUCGGAAUGGAUUUGACAUCCCCGGGAUCGUGUUUGGAAGAAUUCCGCGCUCAACCUGUUGUUGAAUGUCACGGUCAUGGAACAUGCAAUUUCUACGAUGGAAUAACUUCGUUCUGGUUGACGAUAAUCGAGGAUGGUCAGGAAUUCUACCAGCCAAAACAGCAGACAUUGAAGGCUGACCAAACCAGCAAGAUUAGCAGAUGCAUCGUUUGUCGUCGUAAGGCAGGAUUCCUGAGAGUGCUUCCGGAUGGAGCCAUAAGUGCUUCUGCUCUAAGACGCCCAAACAUUGCAACGGUUCAAAAGCCAUUCUAUCCGCCACCUCCGCCGCAGCCACCAAGACGACGAAUUCGACCGGGUGGACGCAAUCGAAACCGUUAUAAUUCUUAAUGUAAAUUAGUACGACUAGACCUGUAAAUCUUUCAGUUGCUUUUAGUUACUGUCUGUGUGCCAUUGUUCAUUCUGCGAAAUUUCUACAAUUCAAACAAAUGAAUAACAUAUGCCCGAAUCCAGUAACAAACAUUAUUUAAUUUAUACUGAUGUCAGUAGUGGAGACAUUUGCAAAAAAUCGUAAUUCCGGAGUAGAAUGUGCAACAUCCAGAACAAUGUUAUUCAUUAAUUACGACAUAAUUUUUUAAGUUGAAACCAAAGUGCCAAGUUGGGAAAAAACUACGUUUCCAAGCUAAGUCUUUAGGAGUGAAGAUUUUGUCCUGUAGAUAUCUUCACAUAUACUUUUACAAAACUACCACAUCCGUACUCAGUUUUUUAACAACGAUUUCGAAUUUCCUCUGCCUAAUACUACAUUAAGCAUGUUCAAUAUUAAGGGUACUAUUGUAAAAUAAUAUUAUAUAAAUGUAUGAAUAAAAGAAACACAACCAAAAACAU